GAGCAGGCACAAAAGUGAACUCUGCAAAAAGCAGGUGCAAAGGAGUUCUUCAAUCCAUACCAAUCCCUCAUCUUCUUUUUUGAUUCAAGAAAACCAAACAAAUUCCCAAUGGCUUCCUCUAAGAGACCAUUGCAAUGCCUUCUAAAGAGAGCUCUUGGCACAAGGGGCUUCUGUGCUUUGCCAAAGAAGAGCUCAGCAUCACCAUCUUCUUCUUCUGAGGAGCUGAUGAGGAUGGAACAUGAGUACAGUGCUCAUAAUUACCAUCCAAUUCCUAUGGUGUUUUCUCAAGCAAAAGGAACAUGCAUAUGGGACCCAGAAGGCCACAAAUACAUUGAUUUUUUGUCUGCGUACUCUGCUGUUAAUCAGGGACAUUGCCAUCCAAAAGUUAUGAAGGCCUUGGUUGAACAGGCAGAACGGCUGACUCUUAGCUCUAGAGCCUUUUAUAAUGAUAAAUUUCCAGUACUUGCGGAGUAUUUGACACACUUGUUUGGUUAUGAUAUGGUGCUACCCAUGAAUACAGGAGCUGAAGGUGUGGAAACAGCUCUGAAGUUGGCAAGAAAGUGGGGUUAUGAGAAGAAAAAGAUACCUAAGAAUGAGGCUAUCAUUGUGUCUUGUUGUGGUUGUUUUCAUGGUCGAACACUGGGUGCAAUAUCUAUGAGCUGUGACAAUGAUGCUACCCGUGGUUUUGGUCCCUUGGUUCCUGGUCAUCUAAAAGUUGACUUUGGAGAUGUAGAUGCUCUUGAAAAAAUCUUUAAAGAUCAUGGUGAUCAGAUAUGUGGGUUUUUAUUUGAACCAAUUCAAGGCGAAGCUGGAGUUAUAGUGCCACCAGAUGGUUAUCUAAAAGCUGUGAGGGAUCUUUGUUCUAAACACAAUAUUCUGAUGAUUGCUGACGAAAUACAAACUGGUAUAGCACGCACAGGAAAAAUGCUAGCAUGUGAGUGGGAAAACAUCCGUCCAGAUGUUGUGAUACUAGGCAAAGCUUUAGGUGCCGGAGUACUACCAGUUAGCGCUGUGCUUGCUGACAAGGACAUUAUGCUGUGCAUCAAACCUGGGGAGCAUGGAAGCACAUUUGGAGGGAAUCCUUUGGCAAGUGCAGUUGCAAUUGCUGCAUUAAAUGUUGUAAAGGAUGAAGGAUUGAUUGAGAGGGCUGCUACAAUGGGGCAAGAAUUCAGGGAUCAGCUGAGGAAUGUUCAGAUGCGAUUCCCGGAGAUAAUAAAAGAAGUACGAGGAAGAGGAUUGCUAAAUGCAGUUGAGAUGAACAACAAGGCAUUAUUUCCCGCUUCUGCUUAUGAUGUAUGCCUUAAAUUGAAAGAGAGAGGCAUUCUUGCCAAGCCCACACAUGAUACCAUAAUCCGAUUAGCUCCUCCGCUCUGUAUAAGUCUGGAAGAGCUCAAAGAAGCCUCAAAAGCACUGAGUGAUGUUUUGGAGACCGAUUUACCCAAAAUGCAGAAACAGAUUCCUGAUUCCAAAUUGGCAGCAGCAAGUGAAGCGUGCGAUCGAUGCGGACGUGUUUUACAUGAUUAAUCUGAUGUUAAUGUUAAGGAUGUAGCUCUUUAAAAUCCAAAUCGAAUUAAUUUGCUUAGAUGCCAUGCAUGCUUAGAAAGGAUCCGGCCUUUGCUUUUGUUAGUUACUACCCGCUGAGUUUUGCGAGGUUGGACUUUGAAACUGUGAAGGAUAUGUUUAAUUGUGAUUUCGAUUAUCUUUCAACUUGUUGACUACUGGGACCAUCAAUGUGAUUUUGAUGAUGCUUUCAACUUGUUCA